UGACGUCACGCUGCGUCGCGUCGCGGAGCUUGUGGUAGCGACGCCGCCGGUUAGUCGGUGGGCGAGGAGGGAAGAUGGAUGCAGCAACUCUUACCUACGAUACUCUCAGAUUUGCUGAAUUUGAAGAUUUCCCUGAGACUACAGAGCCAGUCUGGAUAUUGGGUAGAAAAUAUACCAUCUUCACAGAAAAAGAAGAGAUCCUUUCAGAUGUGACUUCUCGGCUUUGGUUCACAUAUAGGAAAAAUUUUCCAGCCAUUGGAGGGACGGGCCCAACAUCAGACACUGGCUGGGGCUGCAUGUUGCGGUGUGGGCAGAUGAUCUUUGCUCAAGCCCUAGUCUGCAGACACUUAGGCAGAGAUUGGAGAUGGAAGCAAGGGAGGAGGCAGACAGACAACUACUUCAACGUCCUCAAUGCCUUCAUUGACAAAAAGGAUAGCUAUUACUCUAUUCACCAAAUAGCUCAAAUGGGAGUCGGAGAGGGCAAAUCUAUAGGCCAGUGGUACGGACCAAACACAGUUGCACAAGUACUCAAGAAACUUGCUGUUUUUGACACGUGGAGUUCACUGGCCGUCCACAUAGCAAUGGACAACACUGUGGUGAUGGAAGAGAUAAGGAGGCUGUGCAAGGCCGGUUUCCCGUGCGCAGAUGGUGCCGCCUUUCCUACAGACUCAGAGCUGCUCUCCAAUGGGUAUCCCCCGGCAGCCGAGGUCACAGACAGGGCAUCGCCAUGGAGACCACUAGUGCUGCUGAUCCCUCUCCGCCUCGGACUCACGGACAUCAAUGAAGCUUACACCGAGACCCUAAAGCACUGUUUUAUGAUGCCCCAGUCCCUGGGAGUAAUUGGAGGGAAGCCCAACAGUGCUCACUACUUCAUUGGAUAUGUAGGGGAGGAGCUGAUCUACCUGGACCCACAUACAACCCAGCCUGCCGUGGAGUCGACCGAAGGUGGCGUUUUCCCCGAUGAGACCUUCCACUGCCAGCACCCUCCGUGCCGCAUGAACAUCGGGGAGCUUGACCCCUCCAUCGCAGUGGGUUUUUUCUGCAAAACUGAGGAAGACUUCAAUGACUGGUGCCAACAAGUCAAAAAGUUAUCUCGAAUCCCAGGAGCCCUGCCGAUGUUUGAGCUGGUUGAGCGGCAGCCUUCCCACUUCUCGUGCCCAGAUGUGCUGAAUCUUUCACUAGAUUCUUCCGAUGUGGAGAGACUGGAAAGGUUCUUUGACUCCGAAGACGAAGACUUUGAAAUUUUGUCCCUUUGAAAAGGCUAGGCGGUGGACUCGCCUGAUCUGUGUUGCGUGGGGGGUGGGGGGUGGGGAGGGAAGCCCCUCUGAGAGCCCGGCUCCGCGGUUUUCACAGGCGCUUGAUGACAUCCCAGUGUUUCAUCCAUCCCGGCACGCACGGCCUCCGAGCAGAGGGGGUACUGCCUGCAUUCGGUCCUUGGAUCAAGAAUGUUUUCAUGGAAGCCUUAAUGCUUGGAGUCAGGAUCCUCAGCACAAAACACUUUUUCAGGAAGGAAAUGGAGACGGUGUCGUCUCAGUGUGGAAAGGUCCCGUGUGAGCAGCGGAGCCAGGACUGGCGUGCUUCACACCAGGAGGCCAGGCCCUCCACCUCCUAACCCUCUAGGCUUUGGUUUGCUUUGGACACUGGUUCUUUUUAGUUACGCAGCGGGAGCAAAGUGGGCUGGACAUCCUCAGGUCCAAAGUGGGGGAAGCCGAGCCGAGCCUGUGGUACGGGAAUAGCCCUGACCCUCCCACCAGUUCACCUCCUCCACAGGGGCUGCUGCUCGUACUCCAUUUGCAGUGCUUUCUUGCAGACACGUGAUUGUCUUUCUUUGUCUUCUUUCAGUUCUCUGCUACUCCUUCAUUAUUUUUAAGGGCUACCCUGGGGGGCUGGGAAUUGGACUGACUGGAUUUUACCAUGACAAGGUUUCUCAUUUAAAAAAAAAAAAAGGUAAAAUUGGCUCUUUAAGACCACUACACACACACGCACACACACACACUCACUCUUUCUCUCUCUCUCUCUCUCUCACACACACACACACUUUCCAGAAAAAAAUCCCCCAUAGUUGUAGACAGUGUAUUUAAACCAAGAGAAAGCAAAAAAAGAAGGAUUUUGCCCCUGAUGGUGAACAUGCCCCUGAGGUCAUAUAUAUUUAACAGGUAAAUUUUCUGAGUGGUUGAUGGUGUUGUAGGAAGUGUUCAGUGUAUAAAAACUCAAGGACUGCCCAUCUCUUCAGUAAUACUGCAUCAUCAUCACAAAGCUAGGACAGUACAAUAGGUUGUUUUUCUAAGAGGGGGAAGAGAUUAAGAAAGAAUAUUUCUCCCAGUGAACCAAGAAUCAAACACUGGCCUUUGACAGGCAAGAACAUUAGCAAAAAGUCUUUGAGAAGUUGUGUCCUACCUUGGGCCCGGUCUUUGCCAUUAGCGGUGUGAAAAGCCAUGAAGGAGAAGAGAUGGGCUUGAGAGUAAUGCGUUGGGUGAUCUGACUUCUCCUAGUAACGGCCCACAAACAGGAUUUCCUCCGUGGUUUCCGCGCUUGGUGCAGCAUUAGCUGUGAUGGCCCUGGCUUUAUGCUAGCUUCAGCCAGAGCGUUGGGAGGUUGGCUGUCCGGUGCAGGGAUGGUCUUAGAAACCAACGGCAGAUCACCGUUGUGAUGAUCCACUUAGGCCGGCCUGGGAUGUUCUCUGGGCCCUCAAAAACCGCCUGCUUGGUUUUCUUUGGCUGUUGGGUUCUAUCAUUGUACCCUAAUCUGCACUGCUAGACCAAUUCAAAUCAUUUUAGUCCUUAGCUGACUGGCUCUUCAGCCCCAUUCAAGUAUAAAGCUGCCAUUUUUCCUGCAAGUGUUGUCAGUUCUUUAGGAAACAUUUAAAGGGAGAGGGAUUUUUGUGGACCAUCUGUUAAUCAUGCAUCUAAGGAAUAUGGGUGAAGAAGUGGCCCUUCUCCGACAAAGAACAUUUCCUAUACUUCAUUCCUAGGAAAGAGAAAUUGGUAUUUGCCAAAAUACUAAGGGCCAGCGUUGGCCACUUUUUUGACUCCCGCUUCUGUCCUCGGCAAGCAAAGGGAGUAAACUGUUAGGAAGGAAACACUUGAAUAUUCAGUUCUGUAACAGCAAGUGAAAUGGAUUCAGUGGUUUGACUCCAGUGCUGUGUGUCAUGCCGAAGAGCUUCCAAGGCACCCUGCUGAAGUCAAGAAGAAACAACUACUCCAUUCCCUUUUCCUUUUCUUAUCCAUUCCUUGUCUUUCACAUAUAUUUGGGGGUGGUUAAGGAGAGUGGGGAUAAUUCUCCAUUUAGUGCUUUAUGUUUUUAUCUGAAUAAAUAACUGACAAGCUUCUUAAAAGCCCUUUGGUUUCUGAAACAUCACUCUGAAUUCCAACUGAGAUUGAUUUGUCUGCCUAAAGUGGAUGGCUUGGGUUGAAGAUGGUUUCUUUGAGAUCAAAACCUUAGGAGAAGGAAGUGCUUUUUUUAGGUGUAAUUUUUCCCCAUAAUGGGUGGAUUUAUAUUCUAAAUCACUGAGUCUCCACCCUCUUAUUCCUCUGUGGAGCGCAGCCGCACACCAUAAAAUGAUAAUGGGGGUGCUCUUGGGCCAUUGAUACUGUUGAAAGAUGUUAUGUUCCCCCUGCUACCAGAGUCUGACCCAUGUGACAGAGAAAGCUGCUUGUAAAACCAAGGGAAUCGGGAUAAUAGUGCCCCCAAAUGGGGAUUUUUUUCCCCUGUUCUAAACAUUUUCUUGCCUUUACUAUAUAUUACAUCUCUUACUGUGGGAGGUCAAGUCCCACAAGUCAAGUAUUCUUUAUACAUUCACUGACUUAAUUCUAUUUGGAAUAUUAACUCUCCAUAGGGUCACAGAGUCUUCAGGCAUGUCCCAAAGUUGGGCAUUGAACCUUUGUAGUGCUAAGAUGGUCCUGCAGUGCCAGUUAAAUUGCCACUGUACAGAUCACACAAGUGUGUUAUAUCCCUCGCUUGCUGAUACUGUCUUGAAAUAAUAAUGCUUUCCCCAAGUUCAAGAAAAACGUGACAAGUUUUGUACAUUGAUGGCAUUACAUAUGCUGAGAAUAUUCUCACUGCUUGUAUGUAGGAUGGUGGUUUCUGGUUGGUUCGUUCCCUGACUUUUUAUGUUGCUGUGUCACCGACUUCUUGGAGUACCUUGUGGAGCUCAUCAGUGAUCAAUCUGAUGAAUAUUAAUCUAGGGCUGUCCAGAUGGAAGAGUUCCCUCCAUUCCAAAUCCAUGAAUCUUCCAAUUUUCAGUGAGUUCUCGGGUUUUUCAAUCCCCUGUUUUCUGUUAUUUGGAUGGGUCCCCCCCCCAAAAAAAAACAACCCAACUAGUGCAGAAAUAUAUAUAUGGGGAUUUUGGGUAAAACUUUAAAAAAUGGAGAAGUUAAUUAGGAGGUAAUUGAAGUAUGCCUUCUUUUGAGUUCAGUGUGCCUUGAACUCUUGUCUGGCAGCAGCAUAAGAAUGAACAAAACAGUUUGGCCUUUGUCUUGUCACUAUUUGGAUGUGCUUUUUCUGGGGAAUUGAACUUUUAAAAAAUUUACCAGUGAUUAGCUAAUAGCAUGAAAGAAUAAUUAUCUAGUUUAUCUUGAGCUUAGGUAUAUGUUGUCUCAGGUUUGGGGACAUUUCUGUAGUUCAUCUAUAUUUUACCCUGCAUUCUGUGUGCUUAAUGAAUACUUUAGCUUAGAAAAACAUAAGAAAAGCUGUUUUAGGAAAAUGAUCAAUAUAUUAAUUUCUUGAAUAGCAGAAUGUGCAAUUCAUCUGCAUUAAGAACUUAAGAUUUCUAGAGAGAGCCUCCUAACAGCUUGAAUGUACCUUUAUUCUUAAAAAACAAAAAAAACCCCUUCCGUUUCUGUGAACGCCCUCAUUAAAUUUGGAAUGUUGGUAGGUGGAGGACAGCUGGUUGGGAGUUGGUCUGAGCCUAUUGCCUCUGGAUCUGGAGAUAAAGAAUUAUGCUCCUGGUACAUCUAUAUCUUUGUUGAUUGCCCUCUAAGACUGUGACAUAGCAACCGAGCUGUUGGGCAGAGUGAGCUGAGCUUAGCCGAUUAUUGCCGUAAGUUUGGCUACUCUGCUGCGGCCUUGUUCUGUGUUCCGCUUCCUCUGUGUGUUUGCUGUCGGUCCGGUUUGAACUCCGUCUGGUAGAUGGCAACUCUAAGAAUAAAAUAUGCAUGCCCAAUAGAGACACAGAAGAGGGUUUCAGUGAAGCCUUGAUGUGUUCGACUUUCCCCCCCUGCAUAUCUUGUCACUUGGGCCCUUUGCUGGGUGAUGCUUUCUUUUCGGUGUCCUUCCCCUGGUAGAGCUGAACAUAAAGGAGGAAAGGGCCUAACGGGAAAGAGGAAGGAUUAGAAAACUUAAGUCUAUGUGGUUUCUCAGAAACGGGGAAGGAGCAUCACGGAAAGGCAAAGAAAUGGGCUGCUAGAAAGGAGGUUGCUGUUCUUUCAUGCUCAGUAUGUUUACUGGGUUAACCUCUGUGUCUGGAAGUGGUUUAAAGGUGUUACUUCUAUUAACUGGAAACAACUUAGUUUCUACACGUGCUUUUAAAAAAAAAGUGGCACGCCAGCAACUGGAGUGUCGGGCUCCGGAUGUGCCGUGAGUGCUUGGGGGACCUGGCCCUUUCCUGGUAUGCCGUGACAGCGGCCUGGUUUCCUGUGGCUGUUGUCCCUAGCCCAGUCUUGCCGAGGGUUAUCAGUGGCACAUGUCAGGACUCGGGCCAUCCGAUAACUGUCAUUGAUAAAGCCCUCCUGUAACCGUCAUGCUGUGGAGCAGAGGAUGCAGACGGGGUGCCUGCCGGCCCGGGCUCCUGACUGGGUCACCUGUGCUGAAGGCCAGGGAAGAAUUAUUUCCCAGGUAGGGUGGGUCGCCUCCUGCAGUGGAGAACAGUGGGGAAUGGAACAGCCUGGGGGCAAAUCUAAUCUCUGAUUCAUUGCCUGGCUGAGGUUAACCUUCCUAGCCUCAGUUACCUCAUCUGUAAAAUGAUUCCGAUUCUGAUGACUCUGCCAGUUCUCAGUCUGUUGUGAUCCUAUGACUUUUUCAAAAUGAAGUUUAUCAGUGAUGAGCAUUUUGGAAAUUCCAUUUCAGAAACCCACCCCCUCCAAAAGAUGAGUGAUUCUGACUCAUUCCCCCCUUUUCUCCCUGUCAAACCUUCUGGGUCUUGUCCGUCCUCCCUCCCAUAUCUCUCUCCCAUGGUGAGGUGACCUAAUCUGCUGUUCACGGUCUUUAUUACCUUGGGGACUUGGGUGGAUGUGCUCCCAUGAUUGGGCUGUCUUUUACAGCCUCGCUCUGGGUGCCUGGGUCCUUGUGACACAGCUGCUGUUCACGGUCUUGGUAUUACCUUGGGGACUUGGUGGAUAUGCUCCCAUGAUCGGGCUGCCUUUUACAGCCUCGCUCUGGGUGCCUGGGUCCUUGCGCCACAUGCAGUGGGCCACAUGCAUGGCCCUGGUUUUGCCCAUUCGGCAUCCUUGCAUUGCCCUGGAAUUGUUUACCAUUCUUGUUUGGAGAACAAGAGCCAUGAUCUUCAGGCCCAGAUCUUCACUCCAGAGAGAUUGGGGUUAGAGAUGGGCUUCUGCCUUAGAAGGCCGUUGGGAUCAGGCCCCGGCACUGCAUUGUGUCCCCUUGAAAGCUGAAGCAUCCCUUCUGGUGGAUUAGUGGCCCUUAGGAGGAGGAGUGGAAAAGCUUUAGAGAGCGAUCUUUAUCUUGGUCUGGGGUAUGGGGUAUCUUGCAAUGGCUGCCAGCCUUCCAUAGCCAAGUGCACCUUAUUGAAUGAGCUCUCUUGUUGGGGUUUGUAGGUGUGCUCUUAGACAAUGAACUACUGAGGCCGCUGUGAGAGAAUUGUUUGUUCUUGAAGAUUAGCUGCUUAGGUCAGUGUGAUGAGACUGACUAAUCUGUAUUGAUUGAGAAAAGUAAUCUGCUCUUUACUGAAUAUCUUGUGUGUGUGCUCUUAAGACUGAACAUCUUUUCAGUUUUGUGAGAGCAUAAGACUUGUUUAGGGAAAAGUCCUUUUAUUGCAUAAUAAAGCAUCACUCCUUAAUACUGGUUCUGGCCCCAAGAUUUGUCUUUGCAAUUCAGUUAGCAAUGGCAGGGAAGCAGAUGGAUUGUUGGCUCCCUCAGCAGGGAAUUAUCUCCAAAUGACCAAAGCUGUGAGUGGGUGCCCUCUAGCUCCUCUGAUGCUACAGGAAGCCUUAGUUAAGCUAAGAGGAUGGUGUAGACAUUCUGGUUUCCUUUCUAGCUUUUAACUCUUGGUACUUACUGGCAAACAGAUUUUUAAUAAAUGUUUUUCAGCUGACUGAGUUUUGCCUCUGACAAAGCAAAACCCAACUUUCUUCUAGAAGCUUUUUGUUUUUCCUUGUGUUCUUGAAGCCUUGCAUUUCUCCACAUUGCGAAAGGAAAAUGUCCAGGUCUCACUUCCUUCUUAAUUAUCUUAGUCUUUUCAUUCAAUAGAAAUGUUCAUUUUCACUUCAGUUCUGACUGUCUUGAGCCAUGAAAUCUUAAAACUGUAAGUUGAGAUGCAAAGAACCAAAGAGGGAAUUAGUCCAGUUGUCUCAUCAUUCAGAUGUGGACACAGGAGUGAAGGGGCUUGUCCUGGGGGACACAGAGUAGUCCUCUGGGAUUUGGACCUUAGAGGCCUUUGUCUUGUGAGUGGUUGCUGGUAGUGUUUUUGUGCAGAAAGUACUUCCCUCACUUCUCCAGUGCUGAUGGGAUUAUGGGACUGUUUGGAAGGGUUGUCUUCUGCUCUCAAGAAUGGUUCUUUGUUCUUGGAGUGACAACUUUAGUUUACCUUUGGAUGGUGUGAGAACCAGAGGUCUUUGCAGAUAUUAGUUUGCACACUUGAAAGGGUUGUGUAGGUCAAAUCAUCAUUACCACCUGCAAUAUUGCAGUCUCAGAGAGGUGACACAGUAUUCAGGUUUUAGCAUUUUAGUUUGAGGAUUUGAUUUUUAAUGGAUUCUUGAACAUUACUUUUUUUUUUUUUUUUGGGGGGGGGUGUUGCUUUUACAAAGUAGGUGAAGUCACUUUCAUUGUGUUUCUGGUAAUGGCUAGUUUGUUUAGCUUUAUCUGUAUAAUUACAGUCUGGGACCUUGGGAGUUGAGAGUUUGCUUGCUUUAUGUUGCAAGAUACAGGGCAGAUGUUUUAACUUGAGAUCCUUGAUACUCAUGGAGCAGACAAGGAAACGGGUAAUAGAGAAAGAAAGUGAUGUACAGCAGAUCGACCAGUUGCUCAAAAGUGGCAAAGCCAGAAUUGGAUCCUGACCAACUCCAAGUCACUCUUCUAACUACCUCCAUGAAGUCACCUUGUGUAUGCCUUUCUACACAUUUAUUUACCCAAA